AUGCUUCGCAAUAAAACUCAAAAAGAAUUGAUUCAUUUAUCACGUCAAUUAAUACAACCAUUAUUACCAAAUUUUCAUAAAGGUCAAGCUGGUAAAAUAUGUAUAAUUGGAGGUAAUGAAGAUUAUACCGGUGCUCCAUUUUUUUCAGGUCAUUCUGCAGCAUUAGUUGGAGCAGAUUUAAGUCAUAUAAUUUGUGAAAAACAAGCUGCACCUAUAAUUAAAACUUAUUCACCUGAUUUAAUGGUUCAUCCUUAUUUGAUAGAUUUAGAAAAUCCGAUUUUAAAAAUAGAUGAAGAAGAAUUAAAUAGGUUGAAAAAUUUAUCAAUUGAAGAAAUUUUGGAGAAUAAUAAUGGUGUUUUAAAUAAAGUUAUUGAUGAAUUGAUAUUACCGAAAAUCCAAGGUUUACUUACUAAAAUGGAUAUAAUUGUCGUUGGACCUGGGUUUGGUAGAGAUCCAUUGAUGUUAAAAUCAUUAGUUCGUAUAUUGGAGGAGAUUAAAGUUUUGAAUAAGCCAGUAAUACUAGAUGCAGAUGCUUUAUAUUUAUUAUCAAUACAACCAAAAAUAGUGGCGGGCUACAAAAAAGCAAUAAUCACUCCAAAUAUUGUUGAAUUUCAAAGAAUUGCUAAAAAAUUAGAAAUUCCAAUAGAUAUAUCCAAACAUUACUCACAGGAUGUAAUGAUUGAUCAAACUCAAGAAGUAUCUCAAAAACUAGGUGACAUUAUAAUUUUCAGAAAAGGUGAACAUGAUAUAAUUGGUAAUUCAAAAUCAAUAGUUAUAAAUUCAUACCCUGGAUCAAAUAAACGAGUUGGUGGUCAAGGUGAUACUCUCACAGGAGCAAUUGCUACUUUAACGAAUUGGUCAAAUAAUUACUUGGAUAAAUUAUGGGAUAAUAAAGUUGAGUUAGAUGUAACUGAUGCUCAUUUAUUAGCAUGUUUUGCUGCCAGUUCUUUAGUUAGAUCAGCAAGUGGUAAAGCAUUUAAAAAGUAUGGAAGAUCUAUGCAGACUUCAAAUAUCCAUGAAUUUUUACAUGAUGCUUUCUUAGAAUUAUUUGAUGAUAGUAUAUUUAGAUUAAGUAAUAUAUAG